AUGGCGUGUGAGGGGGAAGAGGCAACGCUGCUCGCUGUGGCAUUGGCUGGUGAGGAAACUUACUGGCUUUGCCAACCGAUUCAUGGAAAGCGACUCCCCCCUGAGUGGAAGAACUGCACGUGCCAAUGGCUUUACAUUGUGGAUGAUGUGGAUAUACGUGGUUAUAUUCCUUGGUAUAAGGGUGACUUGGGUGUGGUGCUAGAACUUGGUGUAAACGAAACUUCAAGGAUUGAGCGCUUUGCGGUGAUAUCUGAUUCAGUGAGGGCAAGAAAAAUUGUUGUUGGCGAGGGAGGGGAUACAAAGACAUACUUCUUUGUUGGAAAUGAAGAACGGGAUGCCUUGGAUGCCAAAUUUGACGAUCUUCUGAGGCGUGAGUCGACUGUUUCCAUGAGAAAAUCUUCUGUAGUUGGAAUUGACGGGAAGCCACCUGAGGAAAGGCGACGCAUCAUUUCUACCGGUGCUUCAGAGCUGAGAAAUGGUGGCCGAGGGGGAAAUAACGUGGUUUUUUCAUGGGAUAGUUUUUUUAUUGUAGAAUAUGGAAAUCGCGUAUUUUAUGUAUGUUCAGCUCCACAUGGCAAUAAGUAUGGAUUUAAAGUAGAAAGAAUCAUGCGAAAAGGUAUAACUAUAUUCUUGUUAUUUCAGGAUGAAAAUGCUGGUCCGUGCAGGGUGAGUGAAGUACAAGAAGGAGAAAGGGCAACGGUGAGUUCUGUACUGGAAGGAGAAACGGGUAAGGUGAUGGUCUUGAUGACCGAAGGACGUGAAGUGGCUGUUGGGAAGAGUAGAGGGGAUUCUGCUGAUUCCUCUGUAUUUGAGCCUCCGUCCAAAGCUGCGAGAAGGGAGAAUUCAAGAAUGAAUUGUCCUAAUCGGCGGCCUUUGAGAGCAGCCGGUGUAAAUUUGUGGGUGGAUUCCGAUGGAAAGGAAGAAGGGGCGAUGAAUCUGGCAGAAUUGUUCCCAUUUUCAAGUGAGGGUGGAGAUUCGGUACGCACAACGGUUUUUUCUGAUGGAACUUGCGUUACGUACAAUUUUGCUACCGCUUCAAAGUUUGCCAUGAAAAAGAAGAUUGCUGCCACAUCGACGGAUUGUGACAUGGUGGGACUUCUGGAGAAUAUACAACUGGCGAAGGAACAGUUUAAUGCCAUGUGA